UGCUGAUGCGAAUGAGACGAAGGAAGGAAGAGGAGAGAGAAAAUAUCGAUUUACGGCAAGAAAAGCAAAGGGGACUAAUAAUACGGGGGCCGCUGCCCAGCGUGAGCUUACAUCAGGGGGUAAAUAAGGUAGCGGAGAUUAGCAGGGGGGUAUAUCUGCGGAAAUAUUACAAAAUUUCACCUGUGUAUCAGCCGGUGAGGGAGGACACGCCAAAGGAGAGAGAGAGAGAAGAUGCUGUGAUCCUCUACUUGCAGUGAUGUAGAGAGGCACAGAGAGAGGGAGGGGGAGGGUGCUACGCUAAAAGAUGGUUGUUUUGCGAGGAACACGUCUCUCCUCCGGAAAAAUUGCGAGAAUGUGGCCGUCGGGCGAGAGAAACCAUUUCGCGACGCCGAGAAACUUUAAGAGGUGUCGGUUUUGACAGACGGAGCGGCGCGGAGAGACGCUGACGUCCAAAGCUAAGCUAGCCGUGUUGCUGUGCUUGUCAGUGAGGCUAAAUAGCAUGCUGUUUCACCUGUAAAAUAGGCCUGACAUGGUGAAUAUUAACCUCCACUUCCCAGUUAACAUCCCAUGAAUAGACCGAGCCAGCUGAGAGUGUAAAUCUUUACUUACAGGCGUGAAAUAUACAGACAAAACCCCGCUUGUUUCCCAUUCCAGGCUAUGCUGUUCGUCAAUUUCCCUAUUACCUGUAAUAUACUAACGAUGUAAUGUCAAUACAAAAAUAAUCCGGUGUUGUAGAGGUAAAACUCAUUAGUUCGUCCAACCUUGUCAUGUUUAUCUUUAUAGAGUAGUGCUCAAUAUUUAACGCAUAACACAGACUAGUUAGUAUUUGUGUCAUCUCAGUUUCUCAGCUUUUGCCUACCUCUAUAAUAACUGUAAGCUAUUUAGUUGGAAAUAUUAUACAUGUUUGCAGUACUUGGAAGCAAAUGAAAAGCAGAAAAAUCCCCCUGUUAUUACAAAAAAAAUAAAACAAGGGAAACAGUCGUUGUGUCUGUGCAUCAGGUUUAGAUGAAGAAUGUGCAGUUGUCAUGCAAAAGUUAUAGGUGUAGACCAGUUUGGCUUGUGGUAUUUUUACAUGUUCUCCCUGUAAUCUCAAAGUAGCAGUGCUACAUCUGACUUAUUUGUACCACUGGAGUGAAAGCUAGGCCUUUUUGGGGGGGAGGGGGGGAGACAAGCAUUGCAUUCCACAGUAACUAACUUCUUAGCUAUAUAAUAUCACAGUAAUUGCAAUAACCACAGUGUAGUAAUAGUAGUGUAUUAGCCAGCAGUGAGAACAGUAUGAGUAAGGAACUGUCUCUUAGUCAGUCAGCUCAAUAUGUUGGGCCCUAUCGACUGGAAAAAACACUGGGCAAGGGACAGACAGGACUGGUCAAGCUCGGUGUCCAUUGCAUUACGGGUCAGAAGGUAGCGAUCAAAAUAGUCAACCGAGAGAAGCUGUCUGAGUCAGUCCUGAUGAAGGUGGAGAGGGAGAUUGCCAUCCUGAAACUGAUCGAGCAUCCGCAUGUGUUGAAGCUGCAUGAUGUUUACGAGAAUAACAAAUAUCUGUACCUGGUGUUGGAGCACGUGUCAGGAGGAGAGCUGUUUGACUACCUAGUGAAGAAGGGCCGGCUGACCCCCAAAGAGGCCAGGAAGUUCUUCAGACAGAUCAUCUCUGCCUUGGAUUUCUGCCACAGUCACUCCAUCUGUCACAGAGACCUGAAGCCUGAGAACCUGCUCCUGGAUGAGAAAAACAACAUUCGUAUUGCUGACUUUGGCAUGGCUUCCCUACAGGUGGGGGACAGUCUGUUGGAGACCAGCUGUGGAUCACCACAUUAUGCCUGCCCAGAAGUUAUACGGGGGGAGAAAUACGACGGGCGGAGAGCAGAUGUGUGGAGCUGUGGUGUGAUCCUUUUUGCUCUGCUGGUGGGUGCCCUGCCUUUUGACCAUGACAACCUGCGCCAGCUCCUGGAAAAGGUGAAGAGUGGGGUUUUCCACAUGCCCCACUUCAUUCCUCCAGACUGCCAGGCCUUGCUGAAGGGCAUGAUCGAGGUUAACCCCGACAAGAGGCUGACGCUAGAGGCCAUCCAGAAACACGCCUGGUAUCAGGGUGGCCGUAAUGAGCCAUGUCCUGAGCAGCCCCCUCCCAGGCGUGUAUGUGUGGGGCGGAUCUUGUCUCUCACAGACCUGGACCCAGAUGUGUUGGACAGCAUGCACUCGCUGGGCUGCUUCAGAGACAGAGUCAAACUCACCCGCGAUUUGCAAUGUGAAGAAGACAACCAGGAGAAGAUGAUCUAUUACCUACUGCUGGACAGGAAGGAGCGAUAUCCUAGUUAUGAGGAUGAGGACUUGCCUCCACGUAAUGACGUAGAUCCCCCUCGAAAGCGUGUGGACUCUCCUAUGCUAACACGUCAUGGCCGCUGCCGCCCAGAGAGGAAGAGCCUGGAGGUGCUGAGUGUCACCGAACAGGGGUCUCCUACCCCACCUCGCAGGGCCCUGGACACAGCCGCACACAGCCAGAGGUCUCGCUCAGUCAGUGGAGCGUCCACUGGUCUCUCCUCCAGCCCUCUCAGCAGUCCCAGGUCCUAUCAGAGCCCCGUCUUCACUUUCAGCCAAUCAGAUGUCACCUCCGCCACUGCUACUCCCCUCACAAAGGAGCCCAAACAGGGAAGUGCCACCACUCCUCGCUCAGCCAGGGCUCAUGACAAGCUCAAAGCUCCCCCCAAUCCCAAGACGCAGACCCUGCCCACCAAGGGACCUGCGGAGCGACCCCACCUCCAGCCCAUCAAGUCCCUGCCCCUGCACAACCCUCCCUCCCGCUCACCCUCCCCUUCUCCGCUCCUCUCACCCAUCCCCCGCUUCUUCUUCUUCCCCUCGUCUUCUGUCCUCAAGUCAGUGACUAAGAGCUUCUACCCAAACUCUGCCCACUCUGUGCCGCAGGUCACUCCCCAGGGUUCUCCGUUGCCCACGCCUUUGGGCACCCCCGUCCACCACCCUCACCACCCCUCUUCUACCCCGCCCUCCUCCUCCUCCUCCUCGUCCUCCUCACGGGCGGAGGGCGGGGGAGGGGUGGGCUCAUUAUCGCUGACCCCGCCCUCCAGCCCAGGAGGGGGAGGCGGCAUGGCGGCCAGCAGCUCUGCCCACUGGAGGACCCGUCUCAAUUCCUUCAAGAACAACCUGCUAGGCUCACCACGCUUCCACCGCCGUAAACUCCAAGUUCCUACAUCAGAGGACAUGUCCAGUCUGACACCAGAGUCCAGCCCUGAGCUGGCUAAGAAGUCGUGGUUCGGGAACUUCAUCAGCUUGGAGAAAGAGGAGCAGAUCUUUGUGGUGAUCCGGGACAAACCUCUGAGUUCCGUCAAAGCUGACAUUGUCCACGCCUUCUUGUCUAUCCCGUCGCUCAGCCACAGCGUCCUCUCCCAGACCAGCUUCCGAGCCGAGUACAAGUCCUCCGGCGGCCCCUCCGUCUUCCAGAAGCCCGUCAAGUUCCAGGUGGACAUUGCCUUCUCAGAGGGCGAGAGGGAGCGCGAGAGGGAGAGGACCGAGCGCGAGGGCAGGAGGGAGACAGGAAUCUACAGCGUGACGUUCACCCUCAUAUCGGGUCCGAGUCGCAGAUUCAAGCGAGUGGUGGAGACGAUUCAAGCUCAACUUCUCAGCUCCCACGAUCAACCCAUGGUACAGGCCCUCCCUGAUGAGAAGAACGGCCGGCCCCACGGGACCCCCACCCGCCAGAACUCGCGGCGUUCCGAGGGUGGGGGCGACAGGUGCGAGUGGGGUGAACGAGGGGACAGCGGAGGCAUCGGAGGCAGCGGGGGAGUUCUGCAGCGCAGAGGCUCGGGAAAAGAGAGAACCCGACUGCUGUCCUCCAACGGUACCCAAUCCCAGCCCUAGGACAGAAAGAGAGACCAUGCAGCAGGAUGCCUGAGCUACACUGGAAACAAGACAGUAUAACUCCAUCUCCAAGUAUCCCUGCAAGCCAUGAGCUAUCUCCUAUUCUUCCUUGACUAAGUAAUUGAAGGUGCUUGACCACUGCGAGGAUUGAGAAAUAGCUUUUUCCCUCUUACGCGUUUUUUUUUUCUAACUUGACAUUGACAUCUGCUGGAUCACCACGAUUCCUGCCCUUGAAUGAAAAAGAUAAGGACUCACCCUUUAAUGGAAAAAUAAUGUUACAUGAAUGAGCAGUUUGGUAUUCAUCUUUAGAUACAGCUUCACAGAUCAAACUAGGAAUUCUGAAGCGCUAACAUGCAUGCCAGUUAGCAAGUCAGCCUGCUAAAGGAUGCUAACAUGACAAGAUGGCUAGUCUACCAUAUCAUUGCAAUACAGUAUCUGACACCAAAAGGAAAUAAUAGUCUUGCGAUGUUUGUCAAGAUUAGUCUCAAAAUUAUGCAGUGCGCUCAUACUACUAUCAACGAGCAUACAGUUACAAAUCCAUACUGGAAGAAAUAUAGAAAUUUUGCCCUCAGUUUGUCAGCAGAUACACCCUUUGAGUUAGCAGCUUGCUACCACUUCAGUGAAUGAGCUGAGCAAAACACAGCAAGAGGUCCUGAUUUGCUUGGGAGAAAUAACAUUCCUCAAAUGGGAAUUCCAGCAAUGUCAUCUCCUGAGGAAAAGAAAACCAACAAGUUAAGCUAAGUGAAUGUGAAAAAGUAUUUUUUUAUUUAGUUUAAUUUAGGAUUACGUGUUUCUUUUGGGGAUUUCUGUAGCGCAGCGAUACCAGUAAAGACAGAAACUGAGCACACAUGCCUCAGUGUUGGAAUUGAAGAAGCGAACAGAUCUCUUUUUGGCAGGCAUCCAUUUCAAAUUAUGUUUUGGGAUUUUUUUGUAUUUUCUUUUUACUCAGAGACAAUAUGAAACAAUGCAACCGAGAUUUUUGUGUUGGAACCCCCUUGCUCUGAAGAAAAGUAUUUUUGAUUUGAAAAGAAAUAUGAACAUAUAUGGGAAAAAAAAAAAAAAAACAUAAAAAAAACACUAUGCGUGAAUAGUUCCAUGAACCUCAUCACUGCAGUUUGUGCCCAGAUUGAAUGAGUAGAGCAUUCCAGGCCUGUGGAUCGGACAGACUCCACCCUUCUCGUCGAGCUUGUCUCAUAUUGCCAUAGUAUUCACAUACUGACUCAAAACGAAAUACAAAAAAAAAAAAAAAAAACGAAACAAAAAACACAAAUAAACAAAAGCAAAUCUCCAGACUUUCAUCGAUGGACGUUCUCACGAUGCCGGACUUGAGACGCUUGCGAUGUCAGUUCAGAUGUCGAGCAGGACUUCAAAAUGGGAAGCAAGCGGAGAGUGUCCCACCCCACAUUCCUCCUCACCCCAGUGUUCGCCCAACAAGCCAAGUAGUCCCAUCACUGCACCCUCAUCACCGACGGUCACACCAUUCUGCAAGAAGACGUAGCACCUCUGACGGCCAUUUAUUACUCUAGUAUUGUAUCAGACUAACCAACAUUCAUCACCAGUCUUCCAUACGGCACAAUAUGCAACAAAACUGCAGAAUGAUUUCAGAGGGAUACACAGUGCUACAGUGCUUUUUAUUUGUCUACUGAUUGAUUUAUUGUUUUGUUGAUCUAUUUAUUCACCUAUUUAUUUAUUUAUUUAUUUAUUUAUUUAUUAUUUUGUCAUCCGUUUUUGUCGUGUUUGUUUACAUAUUUGAUUUUAUGCCAACGAAAAUAUUUAAAGAGCUAAUUCAAGAAAUCUGUGUUACUUAAUUUCGCAUCACCACUCUUUUCCUGUAUUUUAAAGAACGGUUUGUUUGCUUUGAACUUGCUCUCACCGCACUUCUCCGAUGAUCUUUGUUUUUUUUUUUGUUUUUUUUUUUUUUUUUCAUUUCACGUGUCUCUCAUCACGCUGGGCUCUGAUAACAGGGACGUGUGUGAGCUGAGUGGAUGGUGGCUGUGUGCGAGUGAGCCGUUGUUGUGAAUGCCAGAAACAAGGUGAGGAAGAGUUUGCGGCAAAUGUAUUUUGAACAGGUUGAGAAAAUGAUAACCCAGUGAGCUCUCUUCGGACAUCCUGUAGGGAUAUUGGACUGACCCAGGAACAUUAGAUGGAUAAACACAAAACCAAACCCUAACAUGCACAUAAUUUUUCUCACACACUGAAUGCUUGCUCGCUCUCGUCAUCUCUUGCUUUAUGCCUUGUCCCUUUGACCUGUCUGUCUGCUUUCACCUGUUGUGUGGCCAUCAUCAGCACAAGAGAAACUGUACCAAGUCGUUAGCUUCACUGUCCGUACACACUUUUAUGAUUGCUCACCACCGUCAUUUUCAUCUUUGUCAUCAUCACCACCUUCACUUCCACUUUCAUUGACCCAACUCUAGCUAAGAUUGUAAACUAUUCUCCAUUCCUAAGGGUCAGUAGAAUAAGGUGUUAAAAAAAGAAAUGUCUGUAUCAUAAUUUAAAUAUAAAAAGUGCACUAUUAUAACUAUUGCCUGUGAUAAAAAGAACAAUUAUGGUUGAAUUGAUGGUCAAAAUAAAGAGAGAGCCACCUUAUUGUUAUGGUUAUAAUAAUAAACCCUAAAAUCGUG